CUGAAAUGACUUUUUGAUUUUAUUAGAUAUUCGUGGGAUGAACAGUCAAGUUGUUUUUGCGACGAAUUCUGGCAUAAUUAUCAUCGGUGGAGGUUUAUGUAAACAUCAUAUUUGUAAUGCCAACAUGAUGGUAAGGACGUUGUGCUGCAGUAAAAACCUAAAGCAUAAAAGAACGAGUGUAGAUUAAGAAACUUUAGCCCGAAAUUUAUGCUACUAAACACCUAUUUCUGGGUGGUAUAAUUCCUUAGCCACAAAAAUGAAAGAUUGCCUUAACGGAAAUAAUUCAAGAAGGCGGGUGAAAAGACAACUAUUUUGAAACUGUUAGGAACUCGCACAUUAUGCCGGAAUUUCGUUUAGAAUAAUAAGGGAAUUUUGAAACAAGGAAUAAUAGGCAAAAGCGGGAAUAUUAGGCAAAAGUAUGACGUCAUUGUAUCAACUUAUAUAAUUAGCAUAUUCGCCAUCCGUCCGCGGGCCUGAAGCGCGGCAUGCAAGAAUUUUUUCCCAUUUUUUCCUGGUGCUGGUUGGACUUGAUGUAGAAUAAUUGUGGGAAUAAUAGAAUAAAGUCAAGGGAAUUAAAGAAUAGAAUAUUGGGCAAAUUUUCCAGCGCUCAAUUAUUAGGCGUAAAGUGUGUAUGCUUGUUUCUUGUCAGUAGUCUCCCUCCCAAUAAUUUCUCUGACUAGAGUUUUUAGGAACAGUAAUUUUACAAUGAUGAAAGCAUGGGUGGGCUAUAUUAAACAAAAAUACAUAAAAUGUGAGUUUUUCCUAUUGCUGUGAUUUGCAACAAAAAAGCCUGGUUCACACUAGCAAUUUUGUCGGCGAUUUUCUCCUCCUGACAAAUGCGAAUGAGUUAACUUGCAGCCAAAAGUAUGGAAUCACGAUUUGGUCCUAUACAUUUCUAGGUCUUUUGCACGUCACUCAUUAAGUCACAUCGGUCAGGAGAAGAAAAAUCGUCGACGAAACUGCUAGUGUGAACCAGGCUUUCAGAGUUAAGGGGCUAAUAUGGUAGCAACUAAAUUUCCAUAGUGCCCGUAUAGCCCAUCACCCAUGCAUGACAAAUCGUUAAAUUUUGGUUCAAAUUUGAUCAAAAUUGAAUUUGGAAAAGUUUAAUCGUUUUGCCUGUGGAGGCUUAUAAAAUAACUUGAUGAGUAAUCAGUGCUUGUGUGAUUUAUGCAUGUAUACUAGCGAAGGUAUACAGUCUUUAGGGGGAGUGAUUUCUAUUUUAUUUGUAAUGUCAAAAUUGGGCAUUCAAGUUUUUAGCUUGCUAUUUUUUGUCCUGUAUUUUAGCGUAACGGUGCGGACUUUUCCGUGUUCUUAAAUACUGCACAAGAGUUUGAUGGCAGCGACUCAGGAGCUCGACCUGAUGAAGCUGUCUCGUGGGGGAAAAUUAAACCAACUGCGACUCCAGUAAAGGUAUGCACGGUUACAUUGUUUAGGGGGUGAUACCAGUAUAAUGUCUUAUUAACCGAACGCGAGGUCUGUACAGAGAAAUAUCGGACCGAGGUCUUUUAGUACAGACCGAGCCCGUAGGGCGAGGUUUGUACAAAAAGACCGAGGUCCGAUAUUUCUCUGUACAUACCGAGCAAGCGGGGUUAACAAAAAGUUUAUUAUUUAACAAAUAUAAAACUUUUCCGUAUUGAUAUACAGUUAUAUCAACACGAGUGGAAAUUGGGAACGACAAGUUGUGUGGAAACACGACGCCCGAAGGGCGGAGUGUUUUCACACAAUUUCGAGUUUUCACAAUUUCCACGAGUGUUGAUAUAACUAUAUAUCAAUACAGAAAGAAAUAUAAAGAAAGAAAUUUUCCGACGUUUCCGUGUUGACAUUGAGUUAUAUCAACACGGCUCUUAGCCAAUCAGCGUUCAGAAUUUACAAAUGCUAUAUUAUAAAUGGCAUUUAUAGGCAUUUAUACCAGAGUCCUGAAACAAACAAGAAAUGCACGAUUUGAAACGCAUAUUAGCAGCGUGGUACACAUUUGAUCGAAGAAAACAAAAAAUACCAAUGUAUUCCUUCUUUUCCACUAAAAACCAUUCGCAGAUAUCUUAAUAACAAAUUAAAAAUUAUAAUUUUCAAAUUUUCAAUUAGUUUUGUUGUUUUGUUUUAAAAUGCAUGCGUUUGUUUUUACGUAAUGGACCGCAAUUUGUCCAUUUAUACGGGGAAAUAAUGGACAGUUGAAAGUGCUUCUCAGCCAAUCACCGUCCGCCAUUUCACCGGAAAUGAUGCUUGCCAUAUAAUAAGGUGUGAGUAAACAUCGAGAUUUUAGGACAUCUCGCUCGAUAGAACUAACAGUUGAAGGGUUUUUGUUGAUAGACAUUUUCAGUGCAAUUAUGGCAUGCUAACCUUGUCUCAGGAUAUUAGCCAGGAGAAAAAAUCUUCAAUUUAAUGAAAUUGAAGAUGCAGCAAUAAAUGCAGUAAUAAAUUUACGUGGUGUUUCCACAAACAAUAGUAUUAUAUGUUUUAUCGCCAUGCAGGCCUUAAAAUAUCGGUUGGUCACGGACAUUGUCCAACCCAUUCGUGAAAUUGUCCGACGUAGAAAGGAAACCACCGGACAUUCUGUCCGACCAAAGUGAAACUGAGGUUUAUUGUUUGUCCGACCCGAGUGUAUUGGUGUCCGACCGAACUGUAGCUUUGUCCAACGUAAAUCAAAAUGUACCCUAGCCCAGGACUAGAGGCUUGUAUAUGUUAAAUGGAAAAUCAGAGUACUAUUGUAUGAAAGGUCAACUGGAAAUGUUGUUUUAACAUGGUCGAGCGCGGGGCGGCGAGCGAAAUGGUGAAGUGGAAAACAGGCUUAAGUUACCGAAGUCUUUUUUAAUACUGCUGUUCUGGAAAGCAAGUUAAUUUUGGUUUGGAAAUAAGUAUGAAAGAAACAAAUUAUGUAAUAUGUUUACAACAUUUACCGUUUAUUCAUUUGUGUCAUUCAGACUUAUUUCGAUAUUCCGAGUCAAAACUGAACUGAAGGUCAUCGGACAUAUGUCCGACCCAAACUCAACGUCACCGGACAUUUUGUCAGACGGCCCUGUAGAAGAUAUUUUAAGGCCUGUCGCCAUGCAAACCUACAAAGAACUUAUUAAUGAAAUUGGCAGAUUUAGUCAGUCCCCGACGUCAGUUACAAAAUAUCUUGUAUUGGGCAACAUUUCUUAACUCUGGUCCGAGUUUCACGUAUCUGAAAUGACAUUCUCGUGGCCUAGCGAACGGCGCUUAUUUGCUGAGCUAAAUUGAAACCUUUGAAGUACAAGGAAACUAGACAUAACAGACAAAUACAUGUAUAUUGGGAAAUUGCCAGCUAAAUGUAAAAUUAAUGGGAAAACGGCGUACGACGUCAAUUUUUUAUUUUAGCUAACACCCUCGUACAGUGCGAAGGGCAGUAUAACUAUUAUAUAUUGAAAAGAAUUGAGUUUUAAAACUGUUUUGUAGCCAAUAGAAUUUUAAGGCCCAAUUAUUUUUUUUUCAUUUUAGGUGUACGCUGAGGCGACAUUAGUAUUUCCGUUAUUGGUCGCAGAGACUUUCGUCAAGAACUAUGAUAAUAAGAAGAAAGAUUUAGAAACCAGGAGUUGUAAACAAUAAAAUUCACACGUCAUGCAAAAUACAAGUUAACCUGCCAAGUGAGAUGUAUUAUUUAAAGAGAUAUAAUAAUUUAGUUUGUCUCAUGUGGAAGAACUUUUAAUAUUAUGGGGAGAACCUUUUUACAGCUUCUUCAAAUGUUGUUUAGUUCUCGAAAUAUUUUGACCGAAAUUCACUAUAAACCCGUGAGAAGACCGCCAUCUUUGAUUAUUGUGGCUGUUGUGAUGUAACGAUAUUUAGCCUCGAAAAGUACUCGAUUUAGUACAAAAACAGUG